AAUGCUCGCGUAAACUUUCAUUUGUAAACAUCUUGCUCCAAUCCACAUUGUUGUGCACCGCCGUAGAGUCGCAUGCUCAGUUUGAAUAAAUUGUUUCAAUUUCGUUAGAUCGUUCAGUGGCACAUAUAGAAGCAGAUUCCUCAAUACAAUGGCAAAUGUGGACGAUUUAUUCGAUCUGUUCGAGGCAGGAGAUAAUGAAGAGGACGAUAGCGGAAACGUUCCAAUAGUAGUCGAUGGGAAAUCCACUGAAGAAAAUUCUGCCGAAUCAGAAACUUGCAAAGAAGAACCUGGUGGAACGAAGCGAGAGAUUGAGGUCAGCGAUGACGAGGAUAUGGGAGUGAAUGAGCCGAACAAGCGAACCAAAAUUGAGUCGCUCCUGGAUGAUAUCAAUUUGGACAACAUUGAAUCUCGCAUCAAGGUGCACACGAUUCAAUCGCCCGAAGCAUGCACACAUGAGGUAGCAGUUUAUCCCGACCAAAAAUACAUGCCCCUUGUACCUUCAACUGGUAAGCCAUCAAAAGAAUAUCCUUUCGUACUGGAUCCUUUCCAGAAGGAGGCGAUCCUGUGCAUCGAAAACCAACAAUCGGUUCUUGUGUCCGCGCACACUUCUGCCGGCAAAACGGUAGUCGCUGAGUAUGCCAUUGCAAAAUCGCUGGCUGAGAAACAACGAGUCAUCUACACGACUCCGAUCAAGGCGUUAUCCAAUCAGAAGUACCGAGAGUUUCACGAGGAAUUCAAAGAUGUUGGGUUGGUCACGGGUGAUGUCACGAUAAACCCGUCGGCUUCCUGUCUGAUUAUGACAACCGAGAUUCUAAGGAACAUGCUCUAUCGUGGCUCGGAGAUUAUGCGUGAGGUCGGGUGGGUGAUUUUCGAUGAAAUCCACUACAUGAGGGAUAAGGAACGUGGAGUGGUUUGGGAGGAAACACUCAUUUUAUUACCGGAUAAUGUGCACUACGUGUUUCUCUCGGCCACCAUUCCGAACGCCCGCCAAUUCGCAGAAUGGGUUUGUCACAUCCAUAAACAGCCCUGCCAUGUGGUUUACACGGACUACCGACCAACUCCGUUGCAACAUUAUCUGUUCCCUGUCGGGGGAGACGGAAUCCAUCUGGUCGUCGAUGAGAAAGGGACGUUCAAAGAGGAUAACUUCAACACGGCUAUGGCUGUGCUGCAGAAUGCCGGUGAUGCUGCCAAGGGUGACCAGAAGGGCAAGAAAGGUGGACUGAAGGCGACCAAUUCGGGCGAGACAAACAUUUUCAAGAUUGUGAAAAUGAUCAUGGAGAGAAACUUUGCUCCGGUUAUUAUAUUCUCCUUCAGCAAAAAGGAUUGCGAGGUUUAUGCGAUGCAAAUGUCCAAACUUGAUUUUAAUUCUACGACCGAAAAGAAGCUCGUCGAUGAAGUUUUUAACAACGCGAUGGAUGUGCUGAGCGAGGAGGAUAGACAGCUUCCGCAGGUCGAAAACGUUCUGCCACUCCUGCGGCGGGGAAUAGGAAUUCAUCAUGGUGGACUGCUUCCGAUUCUGAAGGAAACUAUCGAAAUUCUUUUCGGCGAGGGUUUAAUCAAAGCACUGUUCGCUACGGAAACUUUCGCCAUGGGACUGAACAUGCCUGCUCGCACGGUCUUGUUCACUGGACCGCGAAAAUUCGACGGAAAGGACUUCCGCUGGGUUACGUCCGGUGAGUACAUUCAGAUGUCGGGACGCGCUGGCCGUCGUGGAUUAGACGACAAGGGUAUUGUGAUACUGAUGAUUGAUGAGGCAGUUUCCCCAGCCAUUGGCAAAGAGAUAGUGCAGGGGAAGCCGGAUCCGAUCAAUUCUGCGUUCCACUUAACUUACAAUAUGGUGCUGAAUUUGCUGAGAGUGGAGGAAAUAAAUCCGGAGUACAUGUUGGAGAGAUCUUUCUUCCAGUUCCAGAACCAAUCGUCGAUACCGGACAUUUACAAGAAAGUACAACUGCGACAGAAGGAGCUCGAGAAUGUUCACAUCAAAGACGAACAGUCGAUUGUAUCCUAUCAUCACGUCAGAGAACAGCUGGAUACCCUAGGAAAACAAUUCCGAGGAUACAUAACGAAACCAACUUAUUUAGUCCCCUUCCUCCAACCGGGUCGAAUGAUAAAAAUCCAGUCGGAUGAGGGGGAAUUCGAGUGGGGCAUUGUGGUUAAUUUUAAAAAAGAGACAGGUGACGCAAAGAGCAAUCCACUGAAGUCCGAGAUGAAGCUUAUAAUCGAUGUUUUGUUGCACGUGGAUGAUGCUUUCGAGAAGGAAGGCAUUCCAAAACCAUGUCCAUCCAACAAACGUGGUUCGGUUGAGGUGGUUCCAGUAUUGCACACCCUCGUUCAUCGAAUAAGUUCUCUUCGUGUGCACCAUCCGACUGAUUUACGUCCUGCCGACAACAGGCGAUCGGUUCUUAAGACAAUCAACGAGGUGAAGAAACGAUUUCCACAAGGACCUCCUUUGCUGAACCCCGUGAAUGACAUGCACAUCAAAGAGAAAGACUUCCAAAUCAUCGUUGAUAUGAUUGACAAGUUCGAGAAGCGAUUGUUCUCUCAUCCUCUGCACGAAUCUGCCGAGCUGGAUAAGCUUUACACAAAAUACAUGGAGAAGCUUGAAAUAGAAAGUCAGUUGAAGCAGGAGAAAAAUGCUCUUCGUGAGGCGAAGAAUCUUCUGCAUAUGGAGGAACUCAAGCAUCGAAAGCGGGUGCUUCGUCGAUUGGGAUAUUGUACUACGGCAGAUGUAAUCGAAUUCAAGGGACGAGUAGCCUGCGAACUUAGCUGUGCCGAUGAGCUUCUUCUAACGGAAAUGAUAUUUAAUGGAACUUUCACAAACCUGACUACCGCGCAAGCUUGCGCUCUGCUAUCUUGCUUUGUUUGUGACGAGAAGAGCACUGAAAUUCCUGCGGCUACCGAGGAACUUUCCGGACCCCUCCGUCAGAUGCAGGAUCUUGCUCGGCGAAUAGCGAAAGUUUCGAACGAAUGUAAAGUUGAGCUGGACGAAGAACGAUACGUCGAAUCGUUCAAACCUUUUUUGAUGGACGUGGUGCUGGCAUGGUGCAAGGGGGCUUCUUUCCUGCAGCUCUGCAAAAUGACGGACAUCUUCGAAGGCUCGAUCAUCCGCUGUAUGCGGCGAUUGGAAGAGUUGCUGCGCCAGAUGGUGCAGGCAUCGAAAACCAUAGGAAAUACCGAUUUGGAAAACAAAUUCUCCGAAGCGAUACGAGUGCUGAAAAGGGAUAUCGUGUUUGCCGCAUCUUUGUACCUAUAAUGCUGGUAAUGGGUGCUAUAGGUAUAGAUCGAGUUGUUCAAAGAAAAUUCAAAUAAAAAGCAAAUGAAAUUGUA